AUGUUUGCAUUCGCUCAGCGGCGCCGCAGUGACUGGAUUAGCGGAAGAACCCUGCAGCUGUCUGCCCAGACGACUCGAGCUAGAUCCCGCAACGAUACUUCAGUCCAUAAACUCCAAAAGCUGACAACGAUGUCGGCUAGGGGUGACCAGCAGAAGUAUUGGUCCGAAACAGUAACUCCCAUGAAGCAAGCCCCAAAUGUUGGCCACACUCGAAAACUCUACCAAAUUAUCCGCCAAUUUAGUGGUAAACCCUCGUCACUCAGUGAUUCUGUUUGCGACGUGAAUGGCGACCUUAUUGCUGGAAGCCCGGCCAAGGUCGAUCCCUGGCGUGAGCACUUCGAACACUUCCUCGACUUUGAUGAGCAGCCCAUCACACCCUCCCUCUCCUCCUCGGCGGAGUUUCAUCCCUUUCCAGUCUAUGCAGUUUCGUGCAACUUCCCUUCCGAAGACGAAGUUGCCGAUGCGAUACAGAGGCUGUAUAGGAACAGGGCGCCCGGAGAGUAUGAUAUUCCCGCUGAAAUCUACAAGUCCUAUGUUGAAACCCUGGCACCCUGGCUCCAUGAAGUGAUCGAGCAAGCGUGGAAAGAUACAGUGGUUCCGAAUGACUGGGCUUCGGAUAUCCUUGUGCCUGUCUUCACGAAGAGAGAUAGGAUGGAGUGCGGGAAUUAUCGGGGAAAAAGCCUAAUCGACGUCGUUGCGAAGGUCUUAACUAUUAUCUUCCAGUAG